AUGGCAGCGCUGAAGCCACCCCACGCCCUCGUCCCGCGCUGCACUCGGCCGCCGCUCCGGAAAGCCUGCCCCGUUAAGCACAAAGAGAAGACCGCCUACCGCGCCUGGAAGAGCGGCACAAGUUGGGGAAGCUGGCAGGCUGGCGCGGUGUGGCUCCGUCGUAUGCCUCCCACGCUGCAUCUCGCAUCACAUCUCAACCUCGCGAGGCCGAUAACGACGGCGCAGCGCGGCGGGUCGCGGCGGCGGGAAAGCAAACAUGAAGCCUUCCUUUGGACAGCAGGCACACCGCGGCCGCACUGUGAGAUGACGUCCAGGCAGCUGCCAGCAGUCGUGGGCUCCGGCCGUCCAGGGCAUCCUCGGGGGUUGCAGCAGACGCCAGAGUCGCACAGCUGCUCAGGCCUGACAUCCCCAGAGUCCAGGCCGCCCAGCGUGCAUUUCCCCACGCGAAGCCACGCCGCUCAUCGGCCCAGCGGUGUGGACAGCGGCCCCCCGUGGUGCUUCCCCGGAGCCCACCAGCGCCCUCCCUUGCCUAAGACAGCCCUGAAUCUGUCCGCUGUCUCAAACUGGCAACACGCCGUCCUCGGAACGUCGACCCUAGCAUCCCGCGCACUCUGCCGCUCUUCUGGAAGGUCGCAGGUCCCCGGUGCGACUCGUAACCCGCACUAG